AACUUGCUGCAAAGAAGGAGAGAGAGAGAGAGAAAGAGAGAGAGAGAGAUUAAAUUGAAACAACAGUUAGGUAGAUUUAAAAUAUAAAAAAGAACUGAAAGAAACAUAGAGGGCGAAAGUAAAAACAGCGAGAGGAGUGAAAGUACAGAAUUAAGAUAUAAAGAGCGAACAAAGUAGGGAGAGUACUCGGGCAAUUAUACAUAGUAAACAAUUAAGAAAGCGAAAGAGAGAGAGUGUGAAAAAGAAACCGGGAACAUGAGAUAAAGUAUAAAGCACAGAAAAGAAAGAGGAUAAACUAAUAAGAGUGAGAAAGAAAGAAAGAUAGAGAGAGAGAAUGUGUAUGUGUGAGCGCAUGCAAUUAAGAAAACCGGAGAAGAGGGAGGGAACAUGAGACAGAUAGAGUGAGAAGAUAAACAAGAAAGACGGAGAGAGAGGGUGAGAGAAUGAAAACGUGUCUGUCUGUAUGUUAAAACGCAUAAGCAGACACACGACCUCUCGGGCAAAUACUAACACUUAAAACUUAUUAUAUAUACACACAACACGAAUUUUAUAAACACAUAUAGGGGAAAAGCAGAAAGACACAUUAAUUAUACACUCAUGCGGCGACAAAUCUAGUUCUAUAUCUGUGGAAUUCCCUGCAGUAGUAAGCAGGUUGGCUGCAACUUUACCGAAAACUGCUUCCUGCUGCCAUGGAAGUAAUAUUGCACAAGGAAUAGCAUCAAAAUACUCCCCCAGAUUGUGUGUGAACCUCUACGUGUCUCGUGGACCAAAGAAUGGUAAUACAUGUACACAAUGUCAUCGAUGGAGAACAGCUGACCUUUGCCUUACCUCUUCUUGUUGGAGAGGUAGUCUCAGCCGCACCAGGAAAGUCUUCUUCUUCUUCUCCUUCUUCCUUUUCUUCUUCUUCUUCUUCCUCACUCGACGGCCAAGUGCAGGUAUGGAACGAAAGCAGCGCAUCUGGGAAGACUCUCAGCUGGCUCCUAGUGGAGGGCUGUUUCAAGGCCCUGGUUCAUCUCGAACUGGGAAAGAACUUGGUUCACAUCAAAUUCGGAGCGGAGGAAUUUAUCCUCACCUUGUUUCUCAUCAAUCCUCACUUUACUCAUUUCGUGCGUCCCGUUUACAUCAUCUGUGCCGAUGACAGUGGCGAGUUCCAAGGACCUUCAGGGGAGAACUGCACUGCUGAAAGUGCACUGCGUCGAAUUGCAUUUGCUGCACAACUGCUUCAGACAUUCACUGCCGAAAAACUGCUGGAGCAUGGUUUCCAGCGACAGACAUUUCAAAUCGAGGCAGAUCUGCAUACAAACAAACCGAUUUGCCACCUGUUUCGAAGCAAGCUGCAAGUUGAGGAGGCCUCACAGAUGACAGGCCAACAAUUGUGGACAUAUUUCGCUAAGGAGCUCAUGAUGUCACCACUGUUUGAUCGAAAGGACUUGUGCAAGUGGUAUUGUUUCAUGAGCUUCACUCGCUACAAACCCCCUCCAGGGAACAUUCCUAAAACCUACAGUCAAAUCCUUAAAUAUACCUCAGGGCACACAGCACUAGGUGGUGGUGGCCUAGCAUUAUUUGGCAGUGGCAACUUACACACUUGGGCUGAGGAACUACAGCAGUUAUCGUUCCGCUUCACAGAUUGCAGGAAAAUAAAUCGUUCCAAACUGAUGGAUGACAGUGCAUAUCGCGAAUAUUACUGGGCCAACUAUUCUACAGGUCUUGGUUCAUCUUUACAUGAGCUUGGCCACACAUUUGAUCUGGCCCACACGAAAACUGGUGUCAUGGCACGGGGCUUUGAUGACAUACAUCGAGUCUUCACGGUUCAAAGAUCACAAGUUCACAAUUCAGAGCGCGAAUACAAGGUACCAAACCAGACAGGCUCACCACGGUUGUUGCCUCUUGGGGAAAUUGGUGGGCCUCCACUGGAAAGCCAUGCUCGCCAUUAUCGUGAUGCCUGUUAUGGGAGUCCCUUUAAAAGGGUGGUGCCACAUGUCUCAACAGUGAACAACAACAAUGACAACAACAGCCACAGCAGCAACAAUACAAGCAGCACCAAUACCAACAACACCAACAUCAACAACAAUAACAAAAGCAACAACAGCAGCAGCAGCACUGCCAACCAAUCGCCGCCAACGUUACUGCUGAAGGUGGAGACUGACUUUCGACCCGUCGCAUCACAGACCUCUUUGACGAUGUGUGUGAAGAAUUACGAUGGUACAGAGACACACAAGACCAUCCUUCAGGACGAAAGGCAGGAGACAGUCAAGGAGGUGACUGUCUCCCAAGAUGGUAAGGUGCUUGCCAGAAAGUACACUCGAACAGAACAUGGAGGGGGAUCAACAAGUUCAAGGAGUUGCCGCGUAUCAUCAUCGUCGUCAUCAUCUUCAUCAUCAUCAUCAUCGUCGUCGUCGUCAUCUUCAUCAUCAUCUCAAUCUCAUUCCCAAUCUGCUGCCACUUCCUCUACAUCCUCGUCUUCCACAAUGGCAUCCAAGCCUUCUACCUUGCCGUCAUCUGGCGAAGCUGAGUUAGACGGCCCCACAUCGUGCGUGACGUUUGCAGAUGGUGGCGCUCACUGGUACCGUUCAUCAGCAGUUUUACUCAGGUUCCAUAAAUGGUUUAACAAACCUAGUUCAGAAGACACUGGAAAACCUCCUGUGCUUUUAGGGUCAUGUAUAAAAUGUGAUGCCGGCUUGCGCCUGAUUGAGCUAAGAGUUGAGCCAGAAGGCCAAGUUUUCUGCCACUGGGAAUUCCUUCAUAACGAUCCACCUCGCAUGUUUCUGCUGCAGAAGUCACGCCUAAAAAAUGCACCAAACUUUGAUGCCGCCACUCAAGUUAUCACUGUGUUAGCCGAAGAUUCUUUUGGAAAUAUUUUAAAGAAAAAACUCAAAAUUGCUGAUAUUGAAGACUAAAUUUUUGUUGUUGCUGUUAUUGUUGUUGUUGUUCUUCUCUUUGUUUGUUGUUGUUGUUGUUAUCGUUCUUGUUAUUUUUGUUUUAUUUGAAGUCUUUUUAAAAAUUUUUGUAGACUUUUUAUUUAUUUAUUUAUGUUCACCUGAAAUACAUUAAAAAAGAGCAUAAAUCAA